UUUAAUGUUGUGACUUAUACUAUUGUCUAAUUAUAAAACUUUUAAAGACAACUAGUGGAUAUACAAUAUUAGUCUGGGAUUAUAAUAGAUAAAAAUUAAGAAUCUAAAACCAAAUGGAUAGAAAAACUAAAAGUAAUGAAGAUCUAUACACACCAAGUUUAUGGUGUAAACGGAUGGAUCCAAAUACAGUGGUCAAUAAACAUAUUGAAAUAGUUCAGUUAAUAAGUGAAAAAAUUAAGAAAUCUAGGUAUAGUAUAUCAACAAAUAUUAGAUAUGGAUCUGGUGAUCAACAACUAUUAGAUGUUUAUGAAGAUGAACUGACUUCUUUGGAUUAUACUUUUGUUUAUAUUCAUGGAGGGUAUUGGCAAGACUUAAACAAAGACAUUUCUGCCUACUGUGUAGAACCAUUGGUAAAUGCUGGAAUUCGAGUAGUUAUUCCUGGCUAUGAUCUAGCACCAAAAGUAACUCUGCAUAAUAUAGUUGAAGAAAUUCAUCAACUGUUAUCAUAUUUAAAAGAUUGUUUAAAAUACAAAAAUAUUUGGUUAGGAGGGCAUUCAGCAGGUGCUCAUUUAGCUGCAUCUAUGAUACAUUCUGAAGUAAAUGAAAAUAUUGGUGUUAAAGGAUUUAUACUCAUCAGUGGUAUAUUUGAUCUUAAUCCAUUAUUGGAGACUUCUAUCAAUAAACCACUGAAGCUUAACAAAGAAACUUGUCUACAAUUAAGUCCACUAAAUAGUUUAUGUGGACUUGAUUUUACAAAUUUUAUGUCACAAGUUCACGUAAAAGUUCUUGUAGUUUAUGCAGAAAAUGAUUCUCCAGCUUUCCAUUUUCAAUCAAAGCAGUUUACUAAAUUUUUGGACAAACUUGGUUUAGAAGUAACAGAAGAAAGAAUAAAUGGAGUAGAUCAUUUUGACAUUGUAGAGAAUCUUGCAAACAAAGACUAUUCUCUUACAAAAACAAUUAUUAAUUUUAUUCUGAACUAACACAACACUGCCAUGUCAAUGAAGUAAAUUAGUAUUAUUAUACAGGUAGCUCCUAUGUAUUUAUGUAUACCUAUUAUAAAUAAUCUAAAAUUAUAUGAUUUAUACAAGACAUAAAGAUGUAUCAAUCAAUAUAUUCAAUAUUAUUAUCUACCUAUGUAUUUAAUUUAUACUGCUUAGCCAUAA